GCUAAACGCAAAUUCAAGCGUUGUCUCUUCGUAGUCACGUAAGUAACUGAGAAAUGAUACAGCGGCCACGAAUUUGAACCUUGCGAUGAAUCCGUGAACGCAGCGACUCCCGUCCAACAUGGCGGCUCAGCGUAGGAAUUUAAUGCAGAGCCAUCAGAGCUGGACAGAUGACCUUCCGCUGUGUCAGAUGUGUGGGGUUGGCACAGCCCCCAACUGUGUGUACAGUCCAGAUGGUAAAGGAACACAGAGCCAUCCCAAUGAGGAUGGACACCUCAGGUUCAGAGGCGAGGAUGGCUGUUUCCUGUAUGGGGUUUUUAACGGUUAUGAUGGCAGCAGAGUGGCCAGUUUUGCCUCGCAGUGUCUUACAGCUGAACUGCUACUAGGACAGCUCAACUCCAAUCACACAGACAACGACGUCCGCAGGAUCCUCACUCAGGCCUUUGAUGUGGUGGAGAAGAGCUACUUUGAGACGAUAGAUGAUGCUCUGGCUGAAAAGGCUCAUCUGUCCAACUUCAUCCUACCACACAGCGAGAAUGUGCCAUUCCACCAGCUUUCUCCUCAGAAUCAGAAGGUGCAGGAGCGUCUCAAGGAGUUGGAGCAGGAGGUGUCAGGAGCAGCUACAGCCGUGGUGGCACUGAUCCUCAACAACAAGCUCUACAUCGCUAACGUUGGUACCAACAGAGCACUGCUGUGUAAGUCCAGCAGCGAUGGCCAGAACCAGGUUCUCCAGAUUGGCAGACCACACAGCACAGACAAUGAGGAUGAGCUGCAGAGACUGGCUGCUCUGGGUGUGGAUUCAGCUCGUGUGAGGCAGGCGGGGCAGAUAGGGGGACAGAGUAGCACCAGGAGGCUGGGAGACUACAGGGUCAAAUUCAACUACAAUGAAAUUGACCUGCUCAGUGCGGCCAAGACGAGGCCAAUCAUCGCAGAGCCAGAGAUUCAUGGCAGCCUGUCUUUGGACAACGUGACAGGCUUCUUGUUGCUCAUGUCAGAAGGUCUAAUCAAUGCCCUUGAGUCCGCCCACGGCCCCGAACAGGCAAAUCAGGAAAUUGUUGCCAUGGUAGCAGCAGAGCUGGCCCAGCAGACCAGUCUGGAAGCAGUGGCUCAGUCGGUGGUGGAGCGCAUCAAACGGCUGCACCACGACGUGUACGUGUCCGGCCGUCAGAGGGCAACCUACUGUUCUCGGCACGAGGACAUGACCCUGCUCAUCCGCACACUCAACUACCCACUGGCUGAUGCAGCGCUCACGCCCACACAGGGUGGCCGUAUCUACCCAGUAUCUGUGCCCUACUCCAACAGCCAGAGCACCAGUAAAACAAGUGUCACCCUCUCACUGGUCAUGCCCUCCCAAAGCACCCUCACCAAUGGAACCAACACUGCUUCUACCUUAGAGGAAGGAACCCCAACACCAGGCAGUCAGAGUCCAACAGCCACCCUCCAGUCCACCAACACCCAGACGCAGAGCUCCAGCUCCAGCUCGGGUGAUGGGAGCCUGUUCCGCCAGAGAGGCAGUCAGGCAGCACAGCCCGACGAGACGGGAAGGGUUCCGCCCUACGUGGACUUCAGUCAAUUUUACCGCCUGUGGGGAAGUGACCACAGUGAUGGCCAGAGCACCCAGGGAGGACUGGGACCCCAGUGAUGAGGAUGAGGAGGGUGCCAGUUGGAAAGAAGCAGAAUCGGAUUCCUAGCAGAAAGGAGACACAUGGAUUGUGAAGGGACAGAGGUUUUAAAAGGUGAUUGGGCUGACCGAUGAAAUGCUAUUAAUGUAUCAUAACUAAAAAAAUAAGUGACCUAAAGGUGCAUGGGGACGGAUGGAGGAAGGAUUUUCAAGGUCUUGCUAUCGAAGAACUGUGAAGUCAGUGUGGGCAGGAGCGAUCCCUGAAAGAAUGAGAAAAUGGUGUCACUGCACGCCACAAAGUGAUCUUUGCUCUUCCGUAAUAGAUGCUGGUCAUGAGUGAUUGUGAAUAUAUGUAUUCCAGAUGGUAGCCGUUUUGUCAGAUGUAAAAACAUGUAUUUGAAAACAGGAACCUAAUAGACCUGAGAAUUUUUAGAGCGGAGAAUAAUUACAUACUGUAAGGCCUUAAAAUGGAAUGAAUGGAUGCAUUUGAAAGUACUUUUUUAUUUGUAAUGAAAUAUAUCACCCGAAUGAAUCAAUAGA